GGGGGGCGGCUGUGCGCCGGGGGGGCUGCUGUGCUCCGGGAGGCGCCGCUGCCGCAUCGCUGGGGCGCAGCUCCCGCCGCCGGCGGCUGAGCGGGUGCGGAAGGAGCUUUCUCCUUGUUCUCAAAGACACUCCAGCAGCUGCGUAUCUUUUAUUCCUACGAAUCCCUGUGAAGACAAGUUAUGUCAACAGCUACUCUAAUUAACUUGGUACGAAACGGAGGGUGUCAAGUCAGACGGAGAGCUGUGCUGACGUCCCGCUUCUUGCAAGACGAGAAACGUCCAACAGUUGCCUGCUACAGCUCCACCUCUGAGCACCGCGCUUCCCGCUUCGAUCCGGAUGGGAGUGGGAAACCUACCACAUGGGACACCUUCGGCAUCUGGGACAAUCGCAUUGACGAACCCAUUCUCCUCCCACCAAGCAUAAAGUACGGAAAGCCAAUUCCAAAAGUGAGCCUGGCCAAGGUGGGCUGCGCUAGCCACAUCGGGAAGCGUAAGGAAAAUGAAGACCGGUUUGAUUAUGCGCAGCUGACAGAGGACGUCCUGUACUUUGCAGUGUAUGACGGGCAUGGUGGGGCAGCAGCAGCAGACUUCUGUGAUAAGUACAUGGAAAAAUAUAUUAAAGAAUUUCUUGCUCAGGAGGAGAACCUGGAAAAUGUUUUGAACAAAGCUUUUCUAGAAAUAAACAAAGCAUAUGAAAGGCACGUUCAACUGUCUGCUGAUGGUCAUGAACUAGUUCCAAGGAAGACAACUCUGGUGAACUCUGGGACCACUGCAACAGUGGCUCUGCUCCGGGAUGGUAUUGAGCUGGUUGUGGCAAGUGUGGGAGACAGUCGUGCUCUGCUCUGUCGAAAGGGAAAGGCCAUGAAACUCACCAUUGACCAUACUCCAGAAAGAAAGGAGGAGAAGGAAAGGAUUAGGAAGUGCGGUGGCUUCGUUUCCUGGAACAGUUUGGGACAACCUCAUGUGAACGGUAGACUUGCAAUGACGCGGAGCAUAGGAGAUCUGGAGCUUAAAAACAGUGGUGUGAUAGCUGAGCCAGAAACAAAAAGGGUUCAGUUGCAUCAUGCAGAUGACAGCUUCCUGGUCCUUACUACAGAUGGUAUUAACUUCAUAGUGAACAGUCAGGAGAUCUGCGACUUCAUUAACCAGUGCCAUGACCCUGCUGAAGCUGCCCACGUUGUUACUGAGCAGGCAGUGCAGUUUGGUACUGAAGACAACAGCACAGUUGUAAUCGUGCCAUUUGGAGCAUGGGGAAAGUACAAAACCAGUGAGGUCAACUUCUCCUUCAGCCGCAGUUUUGCUUCCAGUGGGAGGUGGGCAUGAAGACCUGCCACAGCUCUCUUUUCCUGCCAUAAUCUGGACACAGUGUACUACAGGAGAACACAUCCAUCUGUUGUUGACUCAGUGUCUUGUCCAUCUCUUCGUUCCCAUUGUUACAGAAGAUGCCUCUGCUCCCUCGGUGCAUAAUGCCCCGUUGUUGCUUACAGCUGAUCGCGUUUUGCUGCGUUUAUUUAUUCCAGUUGGCAUUAAGGCAGCUAUUUACUUGGGUUUGUAGUCCCAGCAGCUCUGCACAUCACUUUGUUCACACAGAUGACGCUCUCAGUUUUCACCUAAGGCUGGAGGUGUUGCACAGUUGUUUCAUACCUACUUGUAUUACCCAGGACCCUUAGUUACCUGGCAGCUGUGUAAGUCUGAGUCUCUGAGCCACAUGCUGGCUUCUUUGUACAUUAAUACACAGGGGAACAAAAAGCACGUUUGUUGUCUUCCUCUGCUGUGCAGCCACUCCCCUGUACUUCAGGAGAAGCAGAUGAAAAAAAAGGGAGAAGUUUCAGAAGUGUUUAGGUUCUAAUGCCAGUGGCAUUUGGUGUAGCUGAACAACUUCCUGAGACAGUGCUGCUUUGCAGGGCUUUACGCUCUCACCAUCAUCCGUGAUCCUCUAGCUCCAAGGAGACAGAGCAAGCUGGAGCCAUGUGCUGUUGGACAGAUGGGAACGUUUUUCCAUUAGGUCCAAAGCCUGUACAGUCUCUGUGGACCACUCAGAAUCUCUUUACACUGUCUUCCCUUUGGUGUGCCAGUGCUUGACAGGAGAACAGGAGAAAAAAACCACAGUUUUGAUAUCCAGAGAGAGACUCUCAUCAACUUGAUUUUUUUUUUUUAACAGAAAACCAGCUCAAUGAGUUUACUAAUCAAGAUUCUUUGGAUAUAUAAGACAGGAGAGUAUUUCUUCAUAAUUAUAUGAGGAUUUUCCUGCCCUCUGCUGAAGGUUUCUUUUGGUUGGUUGUGAUCUCCUGUGUCUCUUCAUGUUAUACAGGGAGCUGUAAAAUGCCUAAAGCAAGCUAGGGAGAGAGCAUUAUAGUAACAUAAGGUACUUUUUAUAAGUUUGGUGUACUGUUUCUAGUAGGUGUCCGAUAUUCAGACACCAGAAGGUAGUUUUAUACUUAAAGGAAGUGUUUCCACUUCCCUUUCCGGAGGCAGUCUGCAUCCAGUGAGGCAUGGGGGGGGGAGGGGUGGGCCAGAGCUGUGAGCCAGCUCAUAUUGCUGCGGUGACACGGACUGCAGGUGAGGUGUUGGCAGCAGGGGAAGAUCUGUCCCAGUGUGCCUCGUUCCGACCUCCUUCUUCCUCCACUCCCCAUCAGGUGCACAGCUUCUGUGCCCUCUGAGUCACACACAUCACUAGUUUACAGUAAUGAUCCCCUCUCUCUCCCCAGAUUUUCCCAGGGCUGGGGUUCAGUAAGCCUUGCUUACCUGAGGCAGAGGGGCACCUUUAGUUGUGACUAGCGAGUGCAGGUUCUCAGUCUAUGGCAAGUUUGAAGAUUCCCACAAGCCAUCUGUGGCACAACUGGCAAAACACAGCCUCUCCCAAGCACUCAAGGAGAGGUUGCAUUUGACAGAGGGUAAGAGAGCUGCUCCAAGAACAUGGUUAUGACCAGUUUGUGCUGCUGCAUGAGCAGCUGAGAGCCUUUCUUCUGCCAAAGGCAUGACCUGCUAAAAGAGCAAGUCCCAGAGUUACUAGCAAAGGGUUAACCACAGCACUUCACUCUGGGCACAGUGAAGGGUUAGAGUCAAGCUCUGGAGAGGGAGUUGCUGUGGGGGUGGCUUUGGUAUCAAGUGUCAGACAGGCUUGAUCCGUGCUGCAGGGAUUUGGAUAAGGUUCAUGGACACUGCCCUAUUCAAAAGGCUGCUCCUUUCUGUUUGGCCAGCUAGCUAGCUAUCCAGACAGAAGAUAACAAGGGCCUUGGGGGUGUCUGUGACGAGCACACAUGGAUUUUUAUGAGCAGUGCUGGAUACUUGCCAAGCUGAAGACAUGGUAUUAAAUGCAAGCUGCUAACAAAGAAUGCUGCAAAUGAAGAGCAGGUGCUCUGAGGAAUGGCUUGGACAGAGUAGCUUCUAAACAUGGACCCAGAUGUGACAUGAUAUGAUAGAUUUUCUUCUCAUUGGAGGUUUUGGGGCAUUUUUUUUUAAUUCCUAUUUUGUUGCCUGAUUGUGCAGAGAACAAAAGUGGCUGGGGGCUUUUACUUCUUCUAACAGAGUGGUUAUCUGCUCAGAGGAAGGAUCUGUCCAUAACUACUUUUAAAUUUUAUAAAGGAAGGAUAAGAUAAGGCUUUGCAAAAUGGAAGAUGAUUAGACAAUGUAUUGGCCGUUGCUAUUGCUGCCUUUAUGCAAUCACAGAAAAAGUUAAGAUUGGAAAGGACUUCUGGGUGUCAUCCAGUCUAACGUCCUGCUCAGAGCAGGGCUAACUUCAGAACUGCAUACUGCAGUGAAGGGAUGUAUCCUGACAUGGAAAUGCAGUGCUUGAAAAGGAUAGGAGAAAGAAAGUAGCAUACAGUGCAGUUUACCUGUGGAACCACUUAAUUGUACUGAAGUUGAAAACUUACCAGUAUUUAACAGGCACUUUGUAUAGCUACCAGUACAUUUCACAAAUAAAUUAGCACACACAUAAAACUAAUAUAUGAGCCAUUUUGCUCUAAGCAAAAGUUAAUAACUGACAGAAGAUUAGAGAUGCAUUUCUUACGCACAAGUUGCUCCCUGCCUGCUCCCUCUAGUUUUCUGCAUCUCAUUCUGAAGUAAAUGAGCUACUGAUGAAGACAAAAUACUUUGCCAGUCGCCUGCCUGUUCCUUUUGCCAUUAAGAACAGAGGUGCCUUCACACUGGUUUGUGUGGGUUCCUCCCUUUGUGUUGCCCAUGGCAAGGCUCUGAGUGCCAGCUUGAAAAGCAUAGUAUUUGGUAGAAACUCUCCAUUACCAGAGCCAUUGGCCUCUGCUUCCUGAACCACAAUCCAGAGAGGUGUUGAGACUGUAGCUGGAGUUCCAGCUUGGUCUCUUUGUCACCCAGAAAGGGAUAUUUCAUGCUUUGUAGAGGGAACUCACUAAAAUGUCAUUUACAGCCUUGAUUUAGGAGAGCUGAUCUUUCUGAACCGUGAACAUGGUGCAAGAAAUGGGGAUGAGAUCCAACAGUUCAUUUAACACAGGGUCCUCUAUACAAUCAGUCCCUUUUGGUUGAAAAGGUCAGGUUUGGAGAAUAAUUGUGGAGGACAGUUUGUGGUUGAGAAUGGGGGUCUGGAGAGAGAUCAGCAAUAUCACUGCUUUUUGCAUACUUGGGGGAAAUGAAAAUUGUGAGGAGCUUAGACUCAUCCCAGAAUUUCCACUGACUUCCACAGGAUCAGGGUAUCAGAUCACCUUUUCUCUCUCAGCAGGUGGAUAUGCUGUCAUCAGAGGUAUUGCAAUUUCUAGCUAAGGGAAGAGCACAAAACAAGAGUUAUCAGUGGAACUGGUUUAGUAUUCAUUUUUGUUAAAUAAAUUCAGUUGGGCACUGCAAGGCCCAUUGGUCACUCACCCAACAAGCCAAAUGUAUUGGUACAGCAACACUCCAGCUUCUGAAGCUGCUGUUCUCAAGGCAGAGGUGUCCAGCAGGGUGUCCUCUUCACCCAGGAUAUCGAGUGCUUGGGCACUGGCGUGUGUCAUAACCCUCAGCAGACUGAAGUGCAAUUGCAUACAUUCAUUACAUAGUUUGCCUUAGGACUGUGUGUAAUUCCUGUGGUUCAAUAUUUAUGUUUGGUGUAAUCAGUGUUCAUAAUACAUCUACUUCUUAACUUUAUAGAGGUGUCCAUUGUGCCUUUUUUUUUUUUAAGAAAAAAGUUUGUCUUCAUCAGCUCAAAAGCUUCAGUGGAGCAGAUGACUCUGUACUUGAAUGCUUAAAAGAUCUUUUAAUAAAGAAUUGGCUUCCA